UUAUGAUUAGUACUUUUCGUGUAACAAAACAUAUUUUAUAAAAGGUUUUAGGAUGUAAUUAUUGUAAUAUAUAACACACAUACUAUAAAUAUAACAAUUUAAGUGGGAGACACUAAAUUUUUUUAAGUAUAAGUGAUGAUCAGUUUUAAAUUAUAUUAACUGUAAAGAUGCUAGUGACGCUACUUUAUUUCUUGGUUAUAGUUUGUUUAGUGAGUUUUGUAGUUACUCGUCUAACUAUUGGAUACACCAAAGGUUCAGCUUGUUUGGUUGGCAAGACUGCUAUUGUGACCGGUGGAAAUUCUGGCAUUGGCUAUGAAGUAUCUCUGGCACUGGCGACAAGAGGCUGUCGGGUAAUAAUAGCCGACCGAGACGAUGCCGAGGCCUCGAAAGAGCGGAUAAUCAAGGAGACCGGCAACAAGAACGUAGUGGCAAAGCACUUGGAUCUUGCUUCUUACAAGUCCGUCAGAGAGUUUGCAGAUGAUAUUAAUAGAACGGAGAAAUCGUUGCACAUACUUUUGAACAAUGCCGGAGUGGGUGCCCUUCCCGAACUGCACACGGAAGACGGGGUUAAUGCUGUUUUCCAGGUCAAUCAUUACGGCGGGUUCUUGUUGACCCAUUUGUUAGUCGAUCUUCUCAAAAAAUCUGCACCAAGCAGAAUAGUGUUCACCAGCUCGAUACUAGCAUUUCAACACAACUUGACAGAAGAAAAUAUGAACCCGAUAAACUACAACCCAACUUCAACGUAUGCGAGCACGAAUGUUUACAGUAACACCAAGUUUUGCUGCUUGGUUGUCGCAAACGAGUUUGCAAAAAGACUGGAAAGAUUCGGCGUUACGUGCAAUUCUCUGCAUCCAGGAACAGUGAGGACUAAUAUUUUUAUCAGAAGUAUUAAGAGAGGCCGCUUACAAGAUGAGAUAUUGUUAUAUAUUGGAAGAAUAUUUAACUAUAUCACUGGAAAGAAUGCCUGGGAAGGUGCUCAAACUUCAAUACAUUUAACGGCGUCCAAUGACGUGGAAAAAAUAACUGGAAAACACUUUUGGGACUGCAAAGUUUUUCCAUUUCUGCCGCCGAAAGCAAAUAAUAAAAACAUUUGUAAGAUGGUCUGGCAGAAAUCUGAGGAGUAUUCUCGUCUGAAGGAAUCUGAAAAAAUUAAAGAAUAAUACAAUAAAGUUAUAUUGGUUUUUAAUGGUGGUUUAUCAAUUGUUUGACUAAAAAGCGAUAUUAGAUUGUUUUGGAAAAAACUGAUGUCAAUGUAAUAGGUCUAUAGUUCUCUACUUCAUUAAAAUCAUUUUUUUAUAGAUAGGUAUAACUUUUUCAGUUUUUAAGAUGUCGGGAAAUUUCCCCGAUUAAAACGAUAAAUUUUAAAUUUCCUAAAUAUGUUAGUGGUUUAAUUAUCAAAAUAAUAAUUUUUAACCAGGAACAUUGGAAUAUAAUAUUAAUAAUAAUUGUCUGUACCGCUAGAUCGUUCAUUACCUUCUUCAAGAGUUUGUCCAAAGUGUGUUUUAAACGGAAUACCUAAUUAUUUCAAUAUGUUUUUUUAAAUUUCUUCACCCAUUUUCUAAAAGCAACAUGAAAAACUCUAAUUUCUAAUACCACAUGGUAGCAGAGGUCUCCAGUCCCAUAACAUUGAAUUAGAUAAAUUCUUUGCU